GGAGAGACGGAGUCUUGGCAGCGGUGUGAUGAUGCUCUGGAGAUGCAGCUCGGAGUCACGUGACCGGCUGCAGCGCAUCCAGCCGCUCUAGUGUGGAGCGAGAGCCGAGGAACACCUCGCAUCUAAAAAUAGACCACGGUGGGGUUGGAUCUGAAGCAGAGCGUUUUGGGCUUCAGUUCGGCGUGUUCACCUCUUCUCUCCUCCUCUCCGGUGGGCUCGGUCGGGGUGAUGCUGCUGCAUUAGGCUGCAGGCUGAGUGCGGCACGUCGCAGGGGCUUUCUCAUCCACCAGCCUCGUGCGUCCGAACAAAGCGGUGGGUUCGCUGAGUGUGUGAAUGCGUCAUUCAUAAGGCUGCUCUCCUACCGUCGGAUCGGUGCACUGCCGGCCGCUCCGCCGUGACGGAAUCCGUCGUACAGUAAGAGGAAAGAAACAUCUCAGCAUCCUUCUAGAUCCCAGAUGGGCCUGUCGGGACUCCUCAUCUCCUCCCCGCGUUGAACGUCGAAGGAACCAAGCGGGAUAUCUCUUCCGACUCCAGCUCAGUGUCUCACAGCGCAGCAGGCGGUCGGAGCAGGAUGAAGGCCGAGGGGCCGCACGGCGCGGGGGUCUCCGCGUGCCAGGGGGGGGCUGCCCCGGAGAACGGGACCUGCGUGACCCACCUGGACCGAGGCGUCUUCCCUCCGCUCUCCUCGACCCUGGCGCUCCUCGUGCUGGUAGCCCUGAUGGUCGGGAUCGUCCUCGUCUCCUUGGCGACCUUCCACCUCCACAAGAGGAAGCUCCGCAAGCGGAAGAUUCAGCGUGCGCAAGAGGAAUACGAGCGCGACAGCCGCGACCCCGAGGGCGCGCCGGAGCCCCCGAAGCACCCGCCGCGCGCCACCAUAGUCCGUCCGCCGGGCCGGGACCCAUCGUCGAGACCCCCGUCAAGUCCCGGGACCGGGGACGACCGCUCGGAUAGCCCCCCCGACGUGUUAGACAGUGGGGCGCUGCGCGAGGGAGAGGAGCACACGCUGCGGGCGGUGGUCUCCUCUUGACACUGCGGAGCACCCCCCCCCCCCCCCCCCCCCC